GUGUACGUCUUCUACCACAGUGGUUUAUUUUACACUGAGCUCCAUACAAGAACUCGGGCUAGAAUUGUCCAUUUUCUUCAAUUGAAUUUUCUUCCAAAACUGUUAUUGAUGGCGCUUUCUACUUCAGUUUGGAAAAUGUAAUGUGAAUCAACAUGUAUUGGAUGCAUUUGAUGCAUUAGUCCACUCUGUUAGGCUUAGGGUAAGCAGUGCAGCAGAAAUCAUUCUGUUCCAAAUGGGAAAAACUAAAAAAGGCUAAACAAGUCUGACAGCUGCUUAAAUGUAAACAACCCAGAUCCAACUCUUGCAAGUUUACUGCUCUUAAGCAGUGUUUGAGUUUUCUCCAGUUGCUGUUAGUAUACUGAGGGUUUUUGUAAGAGGAUCUUACUCUGUGGACUGAUAAACUAACCUUCGGAACCAAAAUCAGUCUCACUGUCACACCCAAGAACCCUCCAACAUCUCUCCCUACCAUGUCUAUUCUGGAUGGAAAGGUUUGUCUGGCCGAGGCGUUUGGGAAGAAUACCGGGAAUAUGAUAGUGACGACUGGCAGCAGACCAACUUCUGUGGAUGUGGAUGUGGAUGUGUCAGAUGCAGUCCUGGCCAGAACAACCAAAGCCUACUACUUUGCUGCCUUUGAGACUGACAUAACGGCAUGCAGUCUCCAAAGUCAAACUGCAAUAAAGGAAAAUACUUCCCAACCACCAGUCACCUCAGCUGAAAAACAAACUGAGUCUCCUCCUGUCAACUGUGAUGACAAUAACACCAACCAGACGGUGGUGGCUCCGGCUCCAGAUCCAAAGAUGAAUUUUAUGUCAGUGUUGGUUACUGGUCUGAGGAUUGUGUUUGCCAAAGCGGUGGCAAUUAACGUGAUAAUGACUGUCAAAGUACUGGUAAUGUGAUGGAGAGUGCCACAUGACUGUCAAUAUGAUUGAUGUCAUCAAUAUGAUUCUGCGGGCUGAUUUGCAUCCUUUCAUUUGCAGUAAAUCAUGUUGGAUGAUCUGUUGGAUGAACGUAUAUUUACAAUAUUUCUUAGCUUUCUUAUCUAUGCAUAGCAUAACUUUUUAGUCAUGAGUCUUUGAGGUAAAUGCCAUUCUUUUUUACAUUUUACUGUAUUCAAGUACUUGCCAAUGCUUUUGUUUCAUAUAACAUAUUUAGGUAAUGACUUAAUUGUAAGAAUAUAUUCAUUGUGUAUCUUUCGUGUGAAUUUAUAAUAAUAAUAAUAAUAAUAAUAAUAAUAAUAAUAAUA